AUGCCUGGUCCUCGUGUUAUUGUUGUUGGUGGUGGCCUGUCCGGUCUCAGCGCCGCCCAUACCAUAUACCUCAAUGGAGGCAGUGUGCUUCUCCUGGACAAGAACAAUUUCUUCGGAGGAAACUCCACCAAGGCCACAUCUGGCAUCAACGGUGCCUUAACCCGAACCCAAGUCGACCUCGGGAUUGGCGACAGCGUGAAAGCGUUCUACGAGGAUACUCUCAAAUCAGCCCGUGACAAGGCGAGACCGGAUCUGAUCCGAGUGCUCACAUACCAGUCCGCAGCCGCGGUCGAGUGGUUACAGGAUGUCUUCAACCUCGACCUGACCCUUGUUUCGCGUCUGGGUGGCCAUUCCUUCCCCCGAACCCACAGAGGACACGAUGCCAAAUUCCCGGGUAUGGCAAUUACAUACGCGCUUAUGCAAAGAUUAGAAGAGCUCUGCGAAUCCGACCCGGACCGGGUUCAGGUCAUCAAGAAGGCCAAAGUCACCUCCGUGAAUCACGAUGGCAACCUCGUCACUGGUGUCACAUACGAAUAUGACGGUGAAAAACACUCCGUUGAUGGUGUUGUUAUUCUCGCCACUGGUGGUUAUGCGGCAGACUUUGGACCAAACUCGCUCCUCAAGAAAUGGCGGCCGGAUACCUUCGAUCUGUCAUCGACCAACGGCACUCACGCCACUGGCGAUGGACACAAGAUGCUGAUGGCCAUCGGUGCGAAUGAUAUCGACAUGGACAAGGUUCAAGUGCAUCCUACCGGUCUGGUUGAUCCCAAGGAUCCCCAUUCAAAAUGGAAGUUCUUGGCUGCCGAGGCCCUCCGGGGCGAAGGAGGGAUCCUUCUCAACAGCGACGGGCAGCGAUUCUGUGACGAUUUGGGCCACCGUGAUUACGUGUCUGGCAAGAUGUGGGAAGAAAAGGAGAAAGGAAAGUGGCCCAUCCGACUGGUGCUGAACUCCAAGGCGUCCAACAUCCUGGAUUUCCACACCCGACACUAUUCAGGACGUGGUCUGAUGAAGAAGAUGACCGGGCGAGAGCUGGCGAAAGAGAUCGGCUGCGGCGAGGAAGCUCUCGACAAACAGUUCAAGGAGUACAACGCCAUUGCCGAGGGGAAGAAGAAGGACCCCUGGGGCAAGAAGUAUUUCCACAACUUGCCCAUGGACAUCAAUGACACCUUCCAUGUGGCCCUGAUGGAGCCCGUCCUGCACUUUACCAUGGGUGGCAUGGAGAUCAACGACAAGGCCCAAGUGCUCAACAAGGAGCAUAAGCCGUUCGAGGCUCUGUUUGCAUGUGGUGAACUUGCAGGUGGUGUCCACGGUGCCAAUCGGCUCGGUGGUUCGUCGCUUCUCGGCUGUGUGGUGUAUGGUCGUGUGGCGGGUGCAUCGGCGUCUCAGUACCUCUUGAACAAACUCACGGCUGCAGGCGGUACUGGAGCGUCCCAGCGUCUCGGCCAAAUCUCGCUCCACAUCGAUCCCAACAGCCCCGGGAAGAUCUCCGUCGAAUGGGGCAGUGGAGGUGCCGGAGAUUCUGGAGGAUCGGCUGGUACCGAAACGACCUCCCAGCAGGCUCAGAAGAGUGCUGCUCCCGUCAUGGAUGGCAACAAGAGCCAGGAUCCUGGCAAGAAGAAGGACCACAAUGAUCUAAGCUCCUUCAAAGUGCCGGAGAAAGAGUUCAGUUUGGAGGAAGUGGCCAAACACAACAAAAAGGAUGACCUGUGGAUCGCCGUCAAGGGGGUGGUGAUGGAUGUCACGAACUGGCUGGACGAGCACCCCGGCGGCCCUCAAGCCCUGUUCAGCCAUAUGGGCAAAGACGCUACUGAAGAAUUCGAGAUGCUUCACGACGACGAGGUGAUUCCCAAAUAUGCGGCCGAUAUUGUGAUCGGCCGUGUCAAGGGUCAGGAGGUGCGACUAGAAUACUAG